AUGAGAAAAUAAGUUGAUCGCCCUGUCCAGCUCCAAUCUCUGUAUUGUGUCUUUUUGAGUGCUGCUACUCAAACUAUCUUCUUUCUUUUGCACAUUCAAUUCACAAGCUAGAGAACAUGCCUUCUGCCAUUGUGAUUAAGCAGGUUCCAGGCAAGCCAGGACAGGUCUACUACCCGCUGGAAAAGAUCACCGUGCCUGAGCCCACGCCCAAGGAAAAUGAGGCCGUCAUAACCCUCACAGCAGCCGCCCUCAACCACCGCGACCUCUUUAUCCGCCAACACCUCUACCCCGGCACCAGUUUUGGCGUACCUCUUCUCGCAGAUGGCGUCGGCAUCGUAACAAGCACAGGCUCUUCGGCGAAGGCAAAGCCAUGGCUCAACAAGCGCGUCCUACUGAACCCCGGCACAGGCUGGAAGGACAGCCUCGAAGGGCCAGAGCACCCAAAGGGAUAUUCCAUCAUGGGCGGAACCAAGAGCAAUCCCGUGGGUACACUCCAAGAUGUGUGCGUGCUUGACGCAGGUGAGCUAGAAGAAUGCCCCGAGCACCUGAGCGACGAAGAGGCUGCUGCGCUCCCCCUCACAGGGCUGACCGCAUGGCGCGCAUUCCACGUCAAGAGCGGCAAUGCCGUUGCUGGCAGGAACAUCUUGGUCACGGGCAUUGGCGGCGGUGUCGCCCUCAUGGCGCUGUCUUUUGCCGUCGCCCGUGGGUGCAAUGUCUACGUCACCAGCGGGAACCAAGACAAGAUCAACAAGGCUGUCAAGUUGGGCGCCAAGGGCGGUGUUAUUUACAAGGAGAAAGAUUGGGACAAGAAGCUGCAGGCUAUACUUCCAAAGGACAGGCCAUACCUUGAUGCUAUUGUCGAUGGCGCUGGGGGCGAUGUCAUCAAAGUUGGAAGCAAACUUCUCAAGGCUGGCGGUGUCAUUUCCGUCUACGGCAUGACCGUCUCACCCAAGAUGGAUUUCCUCAUGUCCGCCGUGCUGCGCAACAUUGAAGUCCGUGGCUCCACCAUGGGCUCGCGCAAAGAGUUUGCAGAAAUGGUCCAAUUUGUGCGCGACACAAAGAUGAAGCCAGUUGUGAGUCGCAGUGUGCACGGAUUGGAUAUUGAGAAGAUCGACACGCUCUUUGAUGAUAUGAAGAACGCAAGCCAGUUUGGAAAGUUGGUUGUUACUCUUGGGAACGGGAAAGCAAGUAAGUUGUGAGGGAGUAUAGUAGAAUCGAGAGAUUGAAUCCUUGUCCCUAGCUAUACCGGUGUUGUCCAACAGGAGGGCUAGUAAGAUGGUUUCAUACUAAGCAGAUCUAUUUUAAGUUGUGGCUCUGGCUCUGUUUUCUUUUUGGAAGCCAUGACAACAACCACCAUCAC